AUGCUUGAAAAUGAAUUUCCUUGGCUGCUCACGGCUGCAACCGUUCAAUUUCUAUUCAAUGUGUAUGGCUGUGAAGCUGGAGAUCCUUUCUGUGGCGACAUUGAUGGAGUUCCACUUGGACAGCGCGGAGUACUGCCAGGCUCAACACAAAUAAACAAGAGGGCAUUUCGUGCGACCGAGGGAGAAGAGCGUGCUACCGCUAGACCCAUGGUGCCGGGAGCGCGUGCUGAAACAACGCACCCCGCGCAAUUUUUGACGUUCACCCACCCACAGUUACCUUAA